AUGUUCUCUACCACUUUGACCACCUUGCUUGCCGCUUCGGCCACCCUGGUCUCGGCCGCUUCCAUCCCGAUCCGGGACGCCGGCAAGUCCGGUUCAUCCAGCAUGACGCCCCACGACGCCUUCUCUUCUUCCAUCGGUGUUCUUGGCUGCAAGAUCGAUAUCAACCGCGUUGCCUACUGGCCCAACGCCGUCGGCUGCAACGACAUCUGCGUCAAGGUCUCCCACGGGGACCGCAGCGUCAACCUCCUCCGUAUCGACCAGUCUGGCGGUGCCUUUGACAUCUCCUACGAUGCCUGGAACUACCUCAGCACCGGCAAGUCUGCCACCGACGACCCUACCAUGGGCGGUGGUGUCCCUAUGGACUGGGAGACCGUCGAUGCCAGCGAAUGCGCCCACCUUCUCAAGGACGGCAAGCUCCCUCUCUCUGCUGCCAACAGCAUGAAUUACCUGUCCUCCUGCCUCGCUCAGCCCGAUAGCUUCGUCGCCAAGAACCACACUCUCUACAACAUCCAGAAUUCGGCUUGCACCUGGGGUGUCGAUGAGGUUUGCACUCUUGACCUGGCUGUCAGCAACCAGGCUUCCUGCCCCAGCGGCCUCGGCUCCGUCAAGGCUUUGACUACCCUCCCUGUUGAGAACAUUGCCUACGGGACUGGCAAGAUCGCCAUCGCUGUUCAGUGA